UUGUAUAAAUUUUACAGAUGGAAGUAGAGACUGAUGAUCAUCUGUAUAUAAACAGGAAAUGGCGUGUGGAUAGAUUGCAAAAUUUUACAACUUUUACUACCUAGGAAUUAGAGGUAGAGAUGGCUAGUAGUGUUCCCAUGGUGGCCCUCAGCUCUGGUUACCUGAUGCCGCUCGUGGGUAUGGGCACGGCAAGUUAUCCCUUUGAUGCUUCCGAAGCAUCCAAGUUGCCCAUACUCCGCGCAAUCCAGUUAGGUUACAGACACUUCGAUACGGCUGCCCUUUACCAGAGCGAGCAACACUUGGGUAAAGCUAUAGCCGAAGCUAUUAGCCUUGGCCUCAUUCAAUCUCGAGAUGAACUCUUCAUUACCUCCAAAUUAUGGUGCAGCGAUGCUCAUCAUCAUCUUGUUCUCCCCGCCCUUCGCGAAACUCUACAGAAGCUCCAGUUGGAGUACCUUGACCUCUAUCUCAUUCAUUUCCCAGUAAGCAUGAAGCCGACCGGGAAUUUGGAAAUCCCACCGCAGAAGGAGGUAAUUGUUGCAAUGGAUGUAAAAUCUGUAUGGGCAGCCAUGGAAGAGUGCCAAAGGCUUGGCCUCACAAAGUCCAUUGGAGUUAGCAACUUCUCUUGCAAGAAACUUGAAAAUUUGCUCGCCAUCGCAAAGAUCCCUCCUGCAGUCAAUCAAGUGGAAAUGAACCCUCUUUGGCAACAAAAGAAGCUGAGAGAUUUCUGCAUGGACAGAGGGAUAGUUGUGGUCGCUUAUUCUCCUCUGGGAGCCAAAGGAACUAUUUGGGGCAGCAACCGAGUGAUGGAGUGUGAAUUGCUCCUUGAGAUUGCCAGAGAAAGAAGAAAGUCUGUCGCCCAGAUCUGUCUGAGAUGGGUAUACGAGCAAGGGGUGGGUUUGUUGGUGAAAACCUCCAACGAGGAGAGGCUGAAGGAGAACCUGGAUAUUUUCAAUUGGGCGUUGAGCGAUGAAGAAUCUGAGAAGAUCAAUCAGAUCGCACAGAGUAGAGGAUUCGAUGGGGAUACGUUUAUCUCAGCAAAUGGGCCCUUUAAAUCCGUAGAGGAGUUCUGGGAUGGUGAGGUGUAAAGAGUGAGACCAGAUCUGUUCCUCACAUGUAUAUGUAUGUUCUAGCGGUAUGAAUGCCAUAAGCAUUUGCAUUUCCAAAUCGGUCAUAAUUACAGCACAGUGCGAAGUUCCUUCAAUUUUGCACUGGUAUAUGUAUUUGUCCUGUUUAGAUGGGAUAGGUGCAAAUCGCAGUACAAGUUUAAUGUUAUUUCGUAUUUGUUUCGCAGACAUAAAAAGAUAUAAUAGAAAUCUACAUCUUUUUUCUA